AUGAAGAAACUGAAUGAUACUCCUGAAGGCGCUGGAUUUAAAAUAUCUCUGUACGAAGGCUCGUGGGACCUGGCGAGCGCAUGCGCCGCUCUGCUUACUAAAUGCGACGUGCCGCUCGAGGACCAACUCGACGACGACAUCUGGCUGGACUUGUCGGAGGAGUCCGUGCAGCGCAGCCCGCCGCUGCUGGCGUUGCUGCCCUGCUGCCUCGCCGACGUGCCGCUCGCGCACAACAUCACGCUCAUCAUCCGUAGGAUCAUUGACAAGGCGUCAAUAAAAGUGCUUAACGAAGUGUCUGUGGUGGAGGUAGUGGUGCGCUCCAUCCGAGCCAUCGGGCAGAUGGAGGACGAGACUUUCGAGGGACGACAUCUCUUGUUGGAAGAUCUAUACGAACUGCUCAACAGAAUCGCCAUUAAGGCGCUUUCUUCGCCACAGGGCACGCAGACGAUCGCCGACGCGCACCACCUGCUGGCGUACGUGGAGGCCAGCGGCGGCGAGGGCGCGGCGCGCGCGGCGCGGCUGGCGCAGCUGGCGCUGUUCGCGGCGCAGCUCGACCACCUGGAGCGGCGGCUGCGCUCGGCCUGCGCGGCGCACAGCAAGUACGCCAACUACUUCAGCACGGGUGAGCGCGGCGGCCGGCGCGGGCGCGUGCGCCGGCCGCCGCUCACCGCCGCCGUCGCA